CAGUCAUAUGACGUUAGUGUUUCUGCAGGUGCUUGACGCGGUGGUGUAUUGCGUAAUAGGAGCAGAAAAUACACUUAAAGAUGGCUUCAGCUACAGCUACCUAUGGACAGAAGGAGUCCUCAGACCAGAACUUUGACUACAUGUUCAAGAUCCUCAUCAUUGGAAACAGCAGCGUGGGCAAGACCAGCUUCCUGUUCCGCUACGCAGACGACUCUUUUACGCCAGCCUUCGUCAGCACGGUGGGCAUUGACUUCAAGGUGAAGACCAUCUACAGGAACGACAAGAGGAUCAAGUUACAGAUCUGGGAUACGGCAGGGCAGGAGAGGUACAGGACUAUCACCACGGCUUACUACCGCGGUGCCAUGGGCUUCAUCCUCAUGUAUGACAUCACCAAUGAGGAGUCCUUUAAUGCUGUGCAGGACUGGUCGACCCAGAUUAAGACGUACUCGUGGGACAACGCCCAGGUCCUGCUAGUAGGCAACAAGUGUGACAUGGAGGACGAGAGGGUGGUGGCAGGAGACAGGGGCAGGCAGCUUUCUGAACACAUGGGGUUCGAGUUCUUUGAGGCCAGUGCCAAAGAUAACAUCAAUGUGAAACAGACGUUCGAGCGGCUGGUGGACAUAAUUUGCGAAAAGAUGUCUGAGAGCUUGGAUGCCGCUGACCCGGCAGUUACAGGGGCUAAACAGGGGCCCCAGCUCACCGAGCAGCCCGCACCCCCCCAACAGGACUGUGCAUGCUAAAGCUCAGCGACCCACCACACACACCAACUCAUCCUCAGGUCCCCUCACACCUCCCUCUUCCCCACAAAUCAAUGAAUCGCUCCAUAUGGGUGAAUAGGUGAUGUUCACUCUGUUUCUCACAUGAUUCUCGUGUCCUCUGCUUCCUUUACUCGGGUCCUCACUGGUCUUAAAUUCUCUAUCCAGAGUCUGCCCCAAAACUUCAUCAUUGUUUACCUUAUUUUCUCAGACUAAUGGUUUUCUGAUAAAAGCCUUUGUUAGAGAUGGAUGGAAUUCCAUAUUAAAGUAUGUGUUGUCAUAAAGAGGUCAAUACUAACAGAGAUAUUGAAGCCGAGUGCAUAUAUACUGUCUAAGUCCCAUGUCUGUGUGAAAUACAAGAAAACAUAUAUUGGAUUGCAUCAGUCACUGGUAUAACAUUUCCUGUCUCAAAUUUUUGUCCAAUCAGCCUUUUUUUUUUAUUUAAAUGUACCUUAUGUUUUGUAUACUGGUACCGCUUUCCUUUGUAAAGCUUUUCGCGUAUAAAAAAACAGUAAGGAAAAUACAAACAAAUUAUAGAUAGGUAAAAAGAAACAGAGACAUUCUUUAUACAGUACCAGUCAAAGGUUUGGACACACCUACUCAUUCCAGGGUUUUUCUUUAUUUUUACUAUUUUCUACAUUGUAGAAUAAUAGUGAAGACUUCAAAACUAUGAAAUAACAACUAUGGAAUCAUGUAGUAACCAAAAAAAGUGUUAAACAAAUCCAAAUAUAUUUUAUAUUUGAGAUUCUUAAAAGUAGCCACCUUUUACCUUGAUGACAGCUUUGCACACUCUUGGCAUUUUUGACUGGUAUUGUAUAUGUUUGGUUUAAAUGUGUAUGUAAAUAAUGUGCAUAAUAUAAUAUCUAAGGGAUCCAUUAGAAAAAUUUAAAAAAAAAAGAAAGAAAAAAGCAUAAAGAAACUAUCUAUGAAGAUAUGAGAGGUCAAUGCUGUAGAUUUUCUCUGACUCAAUUUAUUUAUGGUUGAAUUAAUCCCAUUGUCAUCCCCCUAUGCCCAUUUACACAAAACAUCUUUGCUCCUACUACCGCUCUCAGGUACUUGCAAAUACACUCACUAAGAGCUGUUAAGAUUAAUGCUAGUUUGCAUGGAAAGAGGCUGAAGCCACGGAACCAGAGCAUAGCUGAAGUAUAUCAGCAUUGCUCACCUUUUACAUCCAUUUCAAUGAUCUUAUUUUGUAUUUUUGUGAGAAAUAAUGAAUUACAAUGUGCAUGUUAUAUCAGAGGCAAUACUUGGCUCCUUAUGACUUGAAAUAGGAUACAAGAGACUGCACAAGUGAGGUUAAAUAAUAUAGAAAUCAUACUGUGUCCUGUACAAUAACAGGUUAAAAAAAAUAUGUUUUGCUCAGUUUUGGCAACGGCUGUUUUUGUCCCACAGCUUGUAAGUACUUAAAGGUAGAUAUGACGUAGGUGCACAAGUAAACCAGGGCCAAUAUCCACAAUAACUAAGAGCAUUAAAGAGCGACGGUAAACUUCUACUGUUUUGGUCCCGUACCUACCAUGCUCAAACAGCUUGACCCGAACCCAUGCGCAGAUACUGUGUGGGGGUGAAGUCUUGCAUCUCACUCAUCGCAAUAUCUGCGAUGCUGCUCGUGGCAAUGCCAUUUUGCUGAGUCUGCCUUUAAUGCACACAAGCGUAGGCUUAUGCAACAAAGAGUUUAUGGGUUUGUAGUGUGUGUGUGAUUGGAACAAUUUGCAGUAAAAUAUGUGUACAAUUAAACACUAACCCUUGAGACUGUUUGAGCGCAAUUUAGUCAACCGUUUAAUUUAGGAAAGAAAAACCUGAAUGGCCUUUUGCCUCUGGUCUUUGAAUUGAUAUUCAGUCCAAGGUCUCAAUCCAGGCAAGUUUCCAUUGAAAUUAGAGAAUAUAUUAUUACUCAUUGUAAGCGAUCGAAACCACCCUUAAGACCUUUGUGAUGUUUACGAGUGAACUUUUCUAUGUUGUUGACAAAUGGCUGUCUUUACUAGAGUGAAUGAGUGCGAAAUAAUCAUACAAAUAGAUCAGUCAUUCAAGCAUCCUCAAAUGUAUACUUCACUGAGUCAUACCAAAGUUUUGAUGUGGGACAAUAAUGACAAUGUGUAACAAUAAUAUUAAAAUAAUACUACUGUAGAUACAAUAACAACAAUAUUUGAUCAUCUUGCAAUCCAGCAUACAUUUUCAACAUAAUUUUGCUCUACUAUAUAAUGGCUGUGAGUCUGCCAUCUCAGUAGUAUCCAGAGACACCCCCACCCCCCUCUGUAAACUCUCCUCCUCCUCGCCGAUGCUGUCUUCAUUUCUAUGAAACAAACUGGAAAUGCAUUUUAGUCAUAUGUUUCAUGUGUGGAUUGUGUGUUGUAUUGACUCCAGGCUUGCAAAAAAAAGACAAAAUCUGAAACUCGUAUUUUAUCUGCAUUAGUUCUAGGCCUGCUUGUGAAUGAAUGUGUGACUUUCUUUAAUAAAAAGCAAUAUGCAGUACCAGUGAACAGCAUUUCAAACAGUAGAGCUUGCUGACAGUAGAUCUACUAUAUAAAGUGUGUCGGGUACACCCCCCCCCAAAAAAAACCCAACAACAAACAAACAAACAAGGGUGUCGGGUAAGUUUUACCUUGCUGCUAUUCCUGGGUAGUAUAGAACUGAAUCUGGAAAGAUGUAAAAAGAGGGAAUAACCAUGUUCAACUGAUUUGUUAGGUUACAUAAACCCAAGCUGUUACUGUCAAAAAAAAACAUUUACACAAAUAUACUAGUGGUUUUAAAACCUCUUGUAAAAUUAGUGGAUUUAUAGUGAGAGAUGUUGUUAGGAUCUUGGAUGUCACCAAAGCUUGUGAGAAAAAGAAACAUUUGACAUGUGUAAAUUUAGAAGAGUACAAUAAGAGUAUUUCAGAUCAUGUUUUUAUUCCAUUGCUUUGCUACGAAGGCAACCUUCAAGGCAUCCAAUAAGGUUUGCGCUGUCAGGAAGGUAUUGCAAUUUUUCAAAAGAUCCCAAGUGUUGCUUGUUUUUGGAAUUUAUUUCAUAGUUUAUUUGUGUUUUUAUUUUUAUUGUGCAUCCACCGAAUACUGUUCUGCAAAGUACUGUUGACUUGGUUUACAUAGAUUUUUACUUUGUACUUCUAUUGUGGGAAUACAACAACUAAUGUUAUAACAAUAAGGGAAUAUGGUGUCAAAAUGUGAACAUUACCAAAUCUGCUGUACAUGUUGUGGAACUCAAUGACAAAAAAAUAAAAGUUUGGCCUGUUGCAA